CCUCUCUGCCAAUCUCUCCACUGGGCUUCAGUGACACCCCUCUCUGCCAAUCCUCCACUGGCCUCCAUUGUGUCUCCUUCCACUCUCGCCAAUCCUCCAAUGGGGGCCCUCCUUCAGUGUCCUCCACCCUCGCCCCAAUCCCUCCACUGGCCUCCACUCAUCCCUCCACUCCUCCACAGGUGUACUCCACCUCUUGCCAAUCCCAUCCACUCAGUGUCCUCCACCCCUCUCUGCCAAUCCCUCACUGGCUCCCCU